CACAGGCGACAAGUACUCCAGCUGAGAAACCCAGUCGGCCUUGCUACUGUCGGGAUAUAGUCUGGUGUGGUGAUUCCGUGUGUGUGGGUGCGGGUGUCGAUGGUUCCGGCAGCCUUAGUGCAGUGAGCCAGGUCUGUUUACUGUCCAGUGCUCCAUGCGGACGGUGAAGCUUGUCCGACGUUGAAUACAGAGACUGCGUAGUCGUCAGUGUGCACGUGCGAUAUCAUCCUCUCACUGACUUCGAUUGCGUCCCCCACGCCGGGUUGUGGGUUAUACCGCUAGCAUCGGCUGCGUUGUCAUACCGAUGAGUCUUCUGCACGCAUAGAUCUAUCGCCACGACGCCGCGGUGUGCAAGUACGGACAGCAUCGAUAUAUCCUAUAAUACCACCACGACGUGUAUGUGACCGAGUGUGGGCCUACAGUGCCUUGUAGAUAUAUAGGCGCAUCGAUGCGUCGUGUGGCGGAGACCAAUGCGUUGAUCUUCCACACGCGAGGCGAACGUCGUAGUUGGCGCCACAUUUGCGGACAGCUGACGCAGGUUGCGUUGGUGGCUGCGGCCGCGGCAGCGCCGUCGCGCUGUGACAGGUGUUAGGGUGUCAACGUCAGCUGCUGCUGCUGCGGCGUCGCGACGCGACUGCGGUGCUGCACCGAUGCAACAGUGCGAGCGCGGCGGACGCGCUCUCCGCUGCGUUACCGUGCUGUGCCGCCUAGUCGAAAUCGGCACGAUGGUCUACGCAGCGAUGCUGAUGCUCUGGCUGCUAAACACAGCUAUUGAGCCGUGCCUGCAUGAGCCCCUUCGCGACCAACUGACGGCCCUGCUUGCCGGCGAAGCCAAUUUCAACACCCCGCAUCGGCAUGACGACAAUGGGGAAACAUACACGGAUGCUGUGCCGCUGCAUUCCAAGUUGCUGGGUGUGUCAGAGUGUGGAUCGGACGAGCACGACCCAGAGCCUCUCCCAGAGAAAAUCCCUGUGUCAGCUAUCCAGCGGGAACAAGCAACUACCCUCAGUGGUCAUCACAAUGAAGAUGAUGCACAAAAGGAAACUGAGCGACCUGGUAAUCUGCUAAGGGAUGUGCUCGUGAAUGCAGGAGCGGCUCACGAUCAAGCCUCGAACAGAGUGCCUAACAUCGUCAAAUACGACGAUGACGGAUUCGCAGUGAGAAAUGAUGCGACGCCCCACCAGGCGGAGUCGGUUACCGCCAUGCCCACCGAAGUAGUGUUACAGCAUCCAAGUGAGAUCGACGAGAAUCGAACCGUGCAUGCAGACGCUGAAACAAUCGAGCAUUCACCCGUUGCCGAAACCGCCGUGCCGGUGGAGGUGGGAGGCGAGGGGAGGGCGGGCAAGGAGAGCGGGGAGAGGCACCCGGGGGAGGAGAAAGAGGAGGCGCGUCGUAAGACGGACGACACGGCGACGCUGGAGCAGGAGCUGGCUUCGGCGGGCGGGGCGGGCGCGGACGCCGACAAGGACAUGCCGUCGUUCGACGAGUGGAAGCAGAAGAUGCUCGCGGACAAGCUCACGAAGGAGGAAGCACGUGCCGAGGAGCCGACGCCGGCGAAGCUGAAAUCGAGCCCGAUGCACAACAACUACGCGUCGGUCGACUGCGGCGCGAAGGUCCUCGACACGAACCAGGAGGCGCAGGCGUCGUCGUCGAUCCUCAUCGAGAACCGCGACCAGUACAUGCUGAACCCGUGCAGGGCGCAUAUAUGGUUUGUCGUGGAGCUGUGUGAUCCCAUACAGCUGAAGCUUCUCGAGAUGGCCAACUAUGAACUGUUCUCCUCUUUGCCAGAGAAGUUCCAGGUCUACACAAGUGACAGGUACCCGACGAGGGACUGGCACAAUGUGGGCGUGUUCACGGGCAAAGACGUGCGUAACCUGCAGGCGUUUCCCACAGACGAGCAGGUCUUUGCCAAGUACAUCAAGAUCGAGAUGCUCUCCCACUUUGGCAGCGAGCAUUACUGCCCCCUGAGCAUUCUAAGAGUUUAUGGCGUCACCAUGUUUGGUGAAUAUGAGGAUACCGAGGCAGGUAGCGUGGCUGGGGCGCCAGGCGACCAGACAGGCAUCGACACAGGAGGGCUGGCAUCGGAUGCCCUUGACUCUGACCUGAUGAAUGACAGUGGACCGGAUCUACUGCAGGCUGGCAAAGGUCUAGUUCAAAAGUUGAUCAACAAGGUAGUCCAUGUAUUCAACGCAGACAGUGGUUAUAACAGGACGGAAGACUUAUCUAGUAUCCAGCAGAAGAACAUAUCUAAUAAUGGAACUGUGGCAGAUACCCGGCUGCUGAAUGUGAUAGUUAUGCGAAACGAUAGCGACGGGGAGAUUCUCUGUGUGGACCAGAUGACCAACAUGUACGACGCGUGCACAAUGUGCAGCACAUACGUAGAUGGCAGCACCACGACAGAGACGGGCACCAGGACGACGUGCGGCUUUCUGAAGACGCUCGACCUCGCUCUCCAUCACCGCUGCCGGCCGGGCAUCUCCUGUCGAUUCCCGCGCAAACCCCCACGCCGCGGCGCUACCUACUCCGGCGCGGACGACACCGAGAUACGUACGGGAAGCGGCAAGGCGGUCGCCGUAGAGACGGAAACUCAGGCAGCGGGGUCUGCGGACAGCGGCGGGUCGUCUGCGAUUCACGCGGCGAGCGAAAACGGUCGCUCGACGACGGAAGUGCCGGCGACUGAGACGCAAGACGCGAGACCGGGCGAUUCGAACCUAGCGUCGACGCCGCACGUGACCACGUCGCCGACGGCAACCACACUCGCCGCAUCGAGUGCUCGCGAAGUGACGGUCGAUGGAGGAAGGAAGGACGAAGGCGGCGGUGCUGCUGCUGACCGGGCGCCUGUGAUAGAUGCUGAUGUGCCUCAUGUGGCCAGUAAUGAGUCGGGCAGUGUGCCCACCGCCGCACACCACAUCGCCACCAUAGACGCUACGAAACACGAUGAGCCAGCCGGCAAUGCAACCGCGCCAGCCGUAACGGAUGAGGCGAAGGGUGCGCCAACUGGUUUUGGCGCAGGCUACCCGAACGGAGAGUCGAACGGGGCGUUGACAAACGCGAAGGAGUCCGUCAUCAUGCGGCUGAGUAACAGGAUCAAAACGCUGGAGCUGAACAUGUCUCUGAGCAGUGAAUACCUGGAGACGCUGAGCCAGCGAUAUCGCAAGCAAAUGGAGCAGAUGCAGAAGGCAUUCAACACGACGACUACGGCUCUGCUCAACACGUCGCGCAAGGCCGAGGAGCGAGACCUGAGGCAGCAAGAGGCGAUUGCUGUUCUCCAGGGACAGCUAGAUGAGCUAACGAAGGUGGUGACGAGCCUCGUUGAUGAACGCCAGUCCCUUCACCAACAGGUGAUAGAACGCCAUCUGUUUUUGAUGGGCGUCGAAAUCAUCGUCAUGAGCCUGCUGAUGAGCUUCUGUCUUCGCUGGCAGCGACACAGGGCAAACGCGAUGCCGGCCCAGAAACGCCACCAGGUGGCGCGCAACAGCACGACGCGACGCCAUUCAGCAACGAUGGCCUGUUCCACCCCAUCACGUCAAACUCUCAAGCGACAGUCCAGCGAUAACACUCUUAACCUUUCAGGCCAAGGGUAUGAGGAUCUGAUGAUCAUUGAACCCUUCGUGCAGGAAGCCGAUGAUCAGAACGCACCCGGCGGAUUGAAAAAGCGAAAGCGGCGAAACAAGAGCAAGAAGAAGUCUCAGUCGUCACAAAAUCUGCACGAGGCGACCGGCGGGGCGGCGGUGACGGGGGGAUUGCGACGUAGCUCCAUGUCUUCCGCGUCGUCCGGCAGCAGCGGCGGUGGCAUGAACAGCGCGGGGCUGCUGUUUGGCACGCAGCACACCGCGCGCGAACCUCGCGUGCAGGUCAUCUACGAGCGCAUGAAGGACGACGCGGCGGCGCCCUCUGCCCGCGCCUCGAACCACGCGAUGCAGAACGGCAUCGUAGCGUCGCACGCAGGCGGCGGCAGGCAUACAAAGAAACAACAGCAGCAGCGAAUCAUGGAUGAUGUAAAGCCCAGCCGCGCCACGAACGCCUGCCGCUUUAGAUUUUUGUAGCGAUCGUCUCGGGGGAGUGGUGCCUUCCACGAGCGGGCUCGCGCGCUUGCUUGCGCGCACAUACAGUAUUCCGUUAGUUGUGAUAACGUCGUCAACCCUGACGAGACAGUCGGUUAGCGCGUGUUCUUAUUGACUUGAUUGAUUUUUUUUUCUCGCUUAUAAUGCUCUGACCAAGACCGUAGUGCGAACAUGGUUUGGCCAUGCCAUGCAGGCACUACUAAAGAACUCUUGUGGGAGGAUAGCUGGUUGCACUGUUUAGUGUAUGAGUAAACGAUGUGUUGCUUGUGUAUCCUGGUGUGAGGCCCGGCUUAUUUUUUAAGUAUUUUCGAAGAUUUCUCACUGGGUAUGUAGCUGCUGGUUGAACUGGACAUAUUGCAAUUGGGUCUUGGAAGGUUCAUCAAGUUACAUGCAGUAGGCUAACGAGGUGCCUUGAUUUUCAAGCAGAAAGCCCUACACGCCUUCUCUUUCAGACAAAGCUGUCACACAGAGAGAUACGUUGUUUACUCGGCUCUCAUAAGUUAUUGUUUUGGUGUGUUGAUGUAUUAUUGGUACUGCCAUUUGCAUACUACCGCAUCAACGUAUUUCGUCUGUAAAUCUAGAUGUUUUUUUUCUCGUGUUUUGCAAGUAUUAAUCGUAUGUAGUGUUAUCAGAAGUACAUGAAUAGAGAGAAUCCUGGUGUGAUCAUCUGACGUUGAUGCUACUUGAAAUUUGUCAUUCUCAGCAAAAUUACUCUCCUGCGCUUAUUCCUGCUUAUAAGUUUCUAGUGUUGCUGUGCGUCUUUCCAAGUAACAACGAAGUAUCAGGGGUGUGACUAUAAGUGUGAUGCCCCAGUGUUGUGUGUGUGUGUGGUAUAGAGUCUGUUUAUCAUUUAGAAUCUCUGUACACAACUCGUUAUCUCACCUUCUAUAAGCGGAGAUGCUGUUUCGAAAGAUACGGAAAGCUCUAUGAUCGAUGCACGGGUGUGAUACGCAAGUGUUGUAAUUUUAUUUAUUUUCGUUGUGCCAUUCGAGUGUAAAGUUGAGUGCAAGUGACAAGUUUGAAAGCAAUUGAUGCCAAGAGUUUCUAAUAAUAAAUUUACCAGGUAGGUAAAAA